AUGGGGGAUUACGGGUUUGGCGUGUUAGUGCAGAACAACACUGGGAAUAAGUCAGCUUUUCCAGUCAGAUUUCAUCCACAUCUGCAGCCUCCACAUCACCAUCAAAAUGCAGCCCCCAAUCCUGCUGCUUUUAUAAAUAACACAGCUGCCAAUGGCAGUAGUGCUGGGUCAGCUUGGCUUUUUCCUGCUCCAGCUGCCCAUAAUAUUCAGGAUGAGAUUCUGGGGUCAGAAAAAUCUAAAAGUCAACAACAGGAAAAACAAGACUCCCUAGAAAAACAGCAGCUUUCCCCUAGUCAAAGUCAGGAAGCAGGCAUGCUGCCUGAUUCUGAGAAAGCUAAAUCUGAAGAAAGCCAGGGGGAUAAUUCUUCUGAAAAUGGCAAUGGGAAGGAAAAAAUAAGAAUAGAAUCGCCAGUGUUAACAGGAUUUGAUUAUCAAGAGGCUACAGGGCUAGGUACUUCAAGCCAGCCCCUGACAUCUACUGCAUCUUCUCUGACUGGUUUCAGUAACUGGUCAGCAGCAGCUAUAGCUCCUUCGUCUUCAACAAUAAUAAAUGAAGAUGCCAGUUUCUUCCACCAGGGAGGGGUACCUCCUGCUUCAGCAAAUAAUGGUGCUCUGCUGUUUCAGAAUUUUCCACAUCAUGUCAGUCCUGGUUUUGGGGGUAGUUUUUCCCCUCAGAUUGGACCCCUCUCUCAGCACCACCCUCAUCACCCCCAUUUUCAACAUCAUCACAAUCAGCAUCAACAACAGAGGAGGUCUCCUGCAAGCCCUCAUCCACCUCCAUUUACACAUAGAAAUGCUGCUUUUAAUCAACUGCCUCAUCUUGCUAAUAAUCUUAACAAACCACCCUCUCCAUGGAGCAGCUACCAAAGCCCAUCACCUACACCAUCUUCCUCAUGGAGUCCUGGUGGUGGAUGUGGUGGGUGGGGUGGGUCCCAAGGGCGAGAUCACCGCAGGGGACUGAAUGGAGGAAUAACACCCCUGAAUUCCAUCUCACCCCUGAAGAAGAAUUUUCCAAAUAAUCAUAUCCAGUUGCAGAAGUAUGCACGACCCAGUUCCGUUUUUGCUCCAAAAUCUUGGAUGGAAGACAGUUUGAACAGAGCUGACAAUAUCUUUCCCUUUCAGGAUCGUACAAGAACUUUUGACAUGCAUUCACUGGAGAAUUCAUUAAUCGACAUAAUGAGAGCUGAAAGUGAUUCACUGAAAGGUCAGUCCUCCCUGUUCCCAAUGGAAGAUGGGUUUCUGGAUGAUGGACGUGGGGAUCAGACUCUCCAUAGUGGCUUAGGAUCACCACACUGCUUCUCUCAUCAGAAUGGCGAGCGAGUUGAACGGUACUCUCGCAAGGUGUUUGUGGGUGGUCUGCCACCCGAUAUUGAUGAAGAUGAGAUCACAGCCAGCUUUCGUCGUUUUGGCCCGUUGAUUGUAGAUUGGCCUCAUAAAGCUGAAAGCAAAUCAUACUUUCCUCCUAAAGGAUAUGCCUUUUUGUUGUUCCAAGAUGAAAGCUCUGUACAGGCCUUGAUUGAUGCAUGUAUUGAAGAGGACGGAAAACUCUACCUGUGUGUUUCCAGCCCCACGAUUAAAGAUAAACCAGUUCAGAUCCGACCUUGGAAUCUUAGUGAUAGUGAUUUUGUGAUGGAUGGCUCACAACCUCUGGAUCCACGGAAAACCAUUUUUGUAGGCGGAGUUCCACGACCCUUACGAGCAGUGGAGCUUGCAAUGAUAAUGGAUCGACUGUAUGGAGGAGUUUGCUAUGCUGGAAUUGAUACUGACCCUGAACUGAAGUACCCAAAAGGAGCUGGGCGUGUUGCAUUUUCCAAUCAACAGAGUUAUAUAGCUGCUAUCAGUGCCCGCUUUGUUCAGCUGCAACAUGGAGAGAUAGAUAAACGGGUGGAAGUUAAGCCAUAUGUCUUGGAUGAUCAGCUAUGUGAUGAAUGUCAGGGGGCCCGUUGUGGUGGAAAGUUUGCUCCAUUUUUCUGUGCUAAUGUUACCUGUCUGCAGUAUUACUGUGAAUAUUGCUGGGCUGCUAUCCAUUCACGCGCUGGCAGGGAAUUCCACAAGCCCCUGGUGAAAGAGGGAGGAGAUCGCCCAAGACAUAUUUCAUUCCGCUGGAACUAAGUGAUUACUGCAGUGUGUUCGUAUGCAGGCCUCAAAAUAAGUGCACUCUUCUGUUCUCCUGAUUCCUUUGCCCUCCCUCCCUAUUCCCUCUUACUCAAGAUAGCAUGUCCUGCUGUUGUAGUCUGUAACUUAAAAUAGUGUAACAAAAGAAUGGCCUAUAAUCAUAUAGGUAUUUUGUAGAAUCUUGUCAUUAAACUUUAUUGGGAACUCCUUUUCGUAUGGAUAACACAGUGCAUGGAAGUCAGGUUCUCUCACCUUCCUGGUUCCCCAGAGGACACUGCUUUCAUGCUAUCUUUUCUUGAAGGAAGAAAGAACAAUAUUAAGAGAAAUGAAACAAUAGAGUAUUUUG